AGUCAUUUGACAUUAUAAAAGCACAUAACCAAAAUUGAGAAAGUGAGCAACUUUCAAUUCAUCCAUACUCUGUUCAAGAUUCUUUACCUCAAAAGCCAAAAAGAACCUAAUUCUCUUUACCUCCUACUAGUAUUUCAUUUGUCUUUAUUAUAUCAUAAAGAAAAACAAAGAUGGGGGCAACGCUAUCAAGAUUGAUAAAAAUGAUGUUUGCGAAGAAAGAAAUGAGGAUAUUAAUGGUGGGUCUUGAUGCUGCUGGCAAAACCACCAUUCUUUACAAGCUCAAACUUGGUGAAGUUGUCACUACCAUCCCCACUAUUGGGUUUAACGUGGAAACCGUGGACUACAAAAAUGUAGGGUUCACUGUUUGGGAUGUUGGUGGCCAAGACAAGAUCAGGCCUUUGUGGAGGUACUACUACCAGAACACACAAGGUCUUAUCUUCACGGUGGACAGUAACGACAGGGAGAGGAUUGCUGAAGCUAGAGACGAACUCCACCGGAUGCUAAAUGAGGAUGAGCUGAGGGAUGCAACUCUUCUAGUGUUUGCCAACAAGCAAGACCUUCCAAAUGCAAUGACUGUUGCUGAGAUUACUGAUAAACUUGGCCUCCACUCCCUCCGUCAGCGACGAUGGUAUAUACAGGCGGCUUGUGCUACCUCGGGUGAAGGGCUCUAUGAAGGUCUAGAUUGGCUUUCGAGCAAUAUAUCGAUCAAGGCUUGAUGAUGUUAUGAUGCCUGCAAGCAAGAGAGUUAGGAGCAUUGUUACCCAAUUAUAAAUACAUAUAUGUUGGACUUUUCGAUCAUUGUAGAAAAAAUGAGUGUUCAUUAUUGGUGUAUUGUGUUGCUAACCAUCAUGAGUACUACGUACGAAGCACUACGUAUGUUUUUAUGUAAUCUUGCUAUGCAUCCGAAAAAAGUAACUAGAUUGGAAACAUUAUACGGAGUAUGUAAAAAUAUAAUUGGGUUUUACCAUUUUGUUCCUUAA